UCGCGUCGUCUUCUUCCUCCCCAUCUCCCCCCUUUCUCCCCCCUCCCUUUCUCUCUCUAGAGCACACACACGCAGUGCAAAAACCCUGGCCGUCUCCGGGCGAUCGAUCCGACCCUGCGCCAGCUCGUCUCUCUAGGGCUCCGCCGCCGAUCGGAGAUCCCUCAGAGAUGGCGGCGGAGAUCUCGGCGCUCCUCGACCUCCUGCGCCCCGCCGCCGCCGGCGACCGGGACCCGCCGGCCCGCCGCCUCCGCACCAGCGCGGCCCGCGCGGGCCUCGAGGCGCUCGCGGGGGCCCUCGCCGCCGGCCCGCCGCCCGAGCCCGCCCGCGCCGGCGCCGUCCUCGCUGCCGCCCGCGCCGUCGUCUCCACCGUCCUCUCCUCCUCCGUGGAGCAAGUGGAGUCAACAGUUGUGGAGAUUGCGGAGAGGUCCUUGGAGUUUUGUCUCCUAUAUCUCGAAAAAUCAUCAUAUGCAUGUGAUGACUUUGGCUUACUGAAUGAAGUUGCCUUUUUCAUGGAAUCUGUGCUGCUUAGCGGGUCUCCUAGCAAGGUUUACUCGUUGGAGCCCAGCAAUAUACACGACGUUAUCGAGCAGUGGUCAUCUGUCCCAGUCGAAUCUGAGCGCGUGAGCCCACAGGACAAAUAUUUCUGCUAUUUAAAAGGCUUCAACUGCUCAAAUAGUGGAGAUGAUCUGCAACGGUUUCGUUUGACCUUAUCACCAGAGUGUUUACAGCAAAAUUAUGCUAUUCCAGAGACCUCUGAAUCACUGCAUGCUGCAUCUCCUAGUGCCAUGGUGUCAAUAGCACAACAUUUUGCAGUUGUGCAUCUACACUGCAUACCCCGCCUUCUAACAUUGAUUCAGAAGCUAUGUCAAUCUCCAGCUUUGGAAGUUAUAGAAGAUAUCAAUUUUAACAUGAGAUUGUCUUUUACCCAAAGAAUCUUGAAGUUAGCCCAUGGUCUCGCAAUGGAAUUCCCCUGUGACGUUUCUGAUACCAUGAUGUUAUGCUCAGUAGCAAGGUGUGCUAAUAGUCUGCCGGUCUUGUUUGGGCUGAAGUUCAAGUUCUCUAACCAUGACAGAGUAUUUUCUGGAGAUGGUGUCGGAAUUAUGUUGCUGCAAAUACUUGAAGAAUUCCUACAGCUGAUUCAAAUUGUCUUCUGCAAUAGUGAUAUUUGUUGUACUGUACAAGUAUGCAUACUUGCUUCCCUUCUGGGCAUAUUUAGUACAAAGACAUGGAGAUAUGAAAAAUCUGGUUCUUGCUUAGUACCCCCAUUAGCUUACUCUCCUCAUACCGUGCAAUAUGUGCUAAAGCUUCUUGAAAGCACCAAAAGAUGGACAAGUCGUGUUGACAGGGACGAAUCUUGCAAAAAUGUUCUAGAUUCUUCAUGCAAUUCUGAGAUUGAUGGUUUGUCUUGUCGAGCUCGUUCUGUGGUGGUGCCAUUGCUGAAGAAAUACACAUGUGAGGAGUAUCUGAAGUUUAUCUUCCCUUCAGAAGAGCAAUGGUUGGAUGAUUUGGUGCAUCUCAUCUUUUUCCUCCAUGAAGAAGGAGUAAAAUCAAUGACUGCACUUGAGAAGCCGCAGAUAAGUUGCACUAAACAAGCCGGUGUGUCAGAGGUGGAGUCUGUGGCCAGUCACGAGGAAGACGCACUAUUUGGGAAUCUCUUUGCUGAAGCCCGCUCUACUGGAGUAGCUGAUAGUGUUGAACAGCCGACUUCUCUUGGGAGUGUUUCAUCAAGCAGCCAGCAUGGGCCUAUUCAGCUAGCUGCUGAUUUGAUAUGCUUUAUGAAAACAUGCAUCUUCUCUCCUGAAUGGUGCAAUGCUACAUAUAUGGAUGCUUGCGGGAAGUUUCAUACAGAUCAUUUGGAACAAUUUAUGUCAAUACUUAAGUGCCAAGCUUGUCUUCCUGACGAAAGCAGUGCUGAAAACACAUCAUCUCACCAUAUGGAGACUAGCCUACUGCACAUCAACAUGGCCUGUUUUGAAUUUCUACAAAUGUUCCUUGCUUCUGAUGAGUGUCCUGCUUCUUUAAGAGAAGACCUUGUGGAGAAAGUGUUUAAUGUUGAGAACGGGAAGUACACUUAUAACAACUAUACACUUGCUCUAGUUGCCCGUGCAAUUAUCUCUGGGACAAACUCGGCAUAUAUUCUGGGAAGAAAAGUUUUUGUUCAAUAUGUUGGUUAUCUUUUGGAGAAGGCAGAUGACAAGUCAUCCAGCUCAUUGAAUUUUAAUGAGUUCUGUGAAACUCUGCCUUGUGCCUUUCAUCUGGAAAUUCUGUUGGUGGCGUUUCAUUCAACCACUGGGUCAGAAAAGUCUGAUUUGGUUAGCAUUGUGCUUUCUUCCUUAGAAAAAAUGAAACAUUAUCCACCUGGGAAAAAUGCACCUGGACUCACAAGAUGGGCUUUAGUCCUUUCAAGACUUCUGCUCGUGCUGCGACAUAUUCUGUUAUAUCCGCAGACACGCCCAACAUGGUUGUUUAUGAGAUUAAGAUCCAGGAUGCGGGAUAUCCAAGUGAAGGAAGAGCAGCCACGUUCCAUGAAUGAUUGCUUGCCAUCCUUUGCAACUGCUAUUGUGGAGGGUUUACUCAUGGACACUGUCAAGGAGUAUGCUACAGCUAGUAGUCUGUUCUCGCAAUUGAUUGAUGUGACUCCUGCUCAUGCUGAGUUCUAUUUUGAUAAGUCCGCUGUUGGAGCUUUAGGCUUGAACUUGGCUGAUUUAAGUGCAACCAUUUCAGAAAUACUUGGUAGUUGGAGGGAUAUGAAACCCGAACUGGCUGAUGAUCUCAUCGUUGAAAGAUAUGUAUUUCUGAUUUGCUGGAGCACUCUUGCUGAUAUAGGUUAUCAUGGCAAUGAUACCCUCCUUCAGAAUGUUGAUCUGUCCAAACCUGAUUUUGUAAAUGUCAAUUUCUUCCUCACAUUUGCUCUCAGUGUAAGUGAUGAUGCUUCGUCUCUUGUGGGUGCCAACCUGCCGUCUGUAGUAUUUGGAUUCCUGCAGUUGUUGAAUUCUGAGAUUCUCAAUGCUUCAAGCAUGCUGGAAACUUGGGAUUUUUCCAGGAAAGGAGCAUGGCUUUCUUUUAUUCUCUCUCUCAUCAAUAUUGGUGUUUGGAGGAACCAAGCAAGUGAAAAAACUGAUGUGGACUCAUAUGGAAAGCAGGUGGUUUUUUAUGGAGAGCAAUCUGUUCUUGGAAAGAGUUUGGUGACAUACAUAAGUGAAAAUAGUGGACAUUGUUUAAAUAUUUUAUCAUCUCUUUUGGAGACCUAUCUUCGUACUUUCAGGGAAGCAUAUCUCUCACUUGUUGAUAGAGAAAGGCCUUCUAAGGAUCAUUGUUAUCCUUCUUUGCUGCUUAAGCAUUCUGCCUUUGACAAAUCCAAGCAUCAUCUCCUUUUUGAUAAAAUUGGUUCUGACAUGGCAGUGCUGGAACGUAUAUGUGAUCUUCCAUCAAGGAUAGAUGGAGUUGCUACAAAGCUAGGUGAAGUACAGAAAAAUUGUUUUCCCUUGAAGUGCCUGUUACAUGGAUUUCCAUCAGAUUACGCUUCUAGCAACAGUGCUCUCCUUUCUUGCAUUCUCGUAAUACAUGACAUCAUACACACCUUUGAUGGAUACAUAAAGAUCAUGCAACCAGGAGACAGAGAUCAAGUUGAUGUGAGUGUUAUUUCCAAACUACUUGGAAUGGUGAUGACUGUUAGAUCUGAUCGAAUAUUCAAAUCCAUUUAUGGACAGUGUGAUUCUAUAUUUAUGAGUCUAAUCAACUACAGGGAUGAUCUAGCUGGAUACAUUGACCUGUUUACCCUGAAGCAGUUAGAAGGGUUCCUGGCUGACAUCAACUCAAAGGAAAGCAUCGACCAUGGGGCAGAAGAAAUUCUGGUUUCUACCAUUAUUGAUCUAGUGGAGGACAUUCGUUCAAAAACAGAUGUAUUUAAAUUCUUCCUUGGUGAUGCAGAAGGUGCGCCUGAAGGAGCAAGCAGUCUCUUUGCUCCCGAGCAUGCUGAAAUAUCAGUCUUUAUUGAUAUGUUGGACAGAUGCCAGUCUGAGCAGGUUAAUUUAAAAAUCCUUCACUUGUUCACGGAUAUUUUAGGUGCUGGCAUUUGUCCCGCCCUUAAGGUGGAGUUGCAAAAUAAAUUUGUUGGAUUGGAGGUGUCCUCAUUUUCAUCUUGGUUAGAAUUUAGAAUUUUGGGUCAUCCUUUGAAACCUGAAAGUGAGAGUGGUACUACAGUGGGUUCAACAACCCUAAGAGAAUCAUCAGUGGAUUUUCUUAUGCGUCUUAUCUGCCCUUCGUCUGAGACAUUGGCCAAAGAACUUCAACAUCAUCUCUUUGGUGCAAUGCUACUGUUACUUGAUAGAGCAUUUUUGUCAUGUGAUCUCCAAACUGCCAAAGCGUAUUUCCAUUUUCUUGUCCAGCUGUCGAGUGAGGAAUCACAUUUCAAACAGCUAUUUGAUAAGACACUGAUGCUGAUGGAGACGAUGGUUGGUAAUGAGGGUUUGCUUCAUACUUUGAAGUUUCUGUUUACUUUUGUGGAGUCAGUGUUUGGCGAGGCUGGAUUAAAUAGGACUGCCCUUAAGAGGCUUUCAUCUAAAAAUUCUGGCAACGAUUGUGGUUCAGGAUCUCUCAUACCAAAGCAGUUGAAGAAUCCAGAGAACCUAGUUCUUCGCACCAAUCAAGAAAGUAAUUCUGCUGUUGAUUGUGAUGCUAGUUCUGGUGAGGAAGAUGAAGAUGAUGGAACAUCUGAUGGGGAAUUGGGGAGCAUGGAUAGAGAUGAUGAAGAGGAUGGAAACAGUGAAAGGGCACUAGCAUCCAAAGUGUGCACAUUUACAUCCAGUGGUAGUAAUUUUAUGGAACAGCAUUGGUACUUCUGCUAUACAUGUGAUUUGACUGUUUCCAAAGGUUGCUGUUCUGUAUGUGCCAAGGUGUGCCAUCGGGGUCACCGUGUUGUUUAUUCCCGCUCAAGCCGUUUCUUCUGUGAUUGUGGCGCUGGUGGUGUGAGAGGAAGCAACUGCCAGUGCUUGAAACCUCGGAAAUUUACUGGAACAUCCACUGCACCAGCACCUGCCGAUUGCAGCUUCCAGCCAUUGUUGCCUUAUCACGAUGAUCUGGAACAGGUCGCAGAUAGUGGCUCUGAUUUUGAAGAUGACAUUUCAACUGAUGCUGAUACUUCCCUCAAGUUAUCUGUGCCAAAAGGCUUUAGUGAUGGGCUCCCUGUAUUUCUGAAAAAUCUUGCUAUUGAAGUUCGAAUGCUUGAACUAUGCAAGAAGUUGCUUCCAACAAUACUCAGCCAGAGAGAGUUGAAUCUUUUGAAAGAUAGGAAAGUCUUGUUAGGAGGUGAUAUGCUGGUGUCACAAGCUUCUGAUGUAUUCCAACUAAAGAAAGCUUUCAAAAGCGGAUCACUGGAUCUGAAGAUAAAGGCUGAUUAUCCGAAUUCAAGGGAACUCAAGUCACAUCUUGCUAAUGGUUCUCUUACUAAAUCAUUGCUGACUGCCAGCAGUCGAGGCAAGCUUGCUGUUGGAGAAGGGGAUAAAGUAGCUAUAUUUGAUGUGGGACAAAUCAUUGGACAGCCUACUGCAGCCCCUAUUACAGCGGACAAAACAAAUGUGAAGCCACUCUCCAGAAACAUUGUCCGCUUUGAAAUUGUUCAUCUGAUCUUCAAUCCAUUACAGGAUCAUUACCUUGCUGUUGCUGGAUAUGGGGAUUGCCAAGUACUGACACUAAAUAGUCGUGGUGAAGUAACCGAUCGCCUUGCCAUAGAACUUGCUCUGCAAGGAGCUUACAUUCGUCGUGUGGAAUGGGUUUCAGGUUCUCAGGUACAGCUCAUGGUGGUAACAAACAUGUUUGUGAAAAUAUAUGAUCUCUCGCAGGAUAACAUCAGCCCAUUGCAUUAUUUUACUGUGGCUGAUGAUGUUAUUGUUGAUGCUACCCUUGUUCCCUCUUCAAUGGGCAAAUUGGUGCUACUUGUUCUUUCUGAAGGGGGUCUUCUGUAUAGGCUCAAUAUUGUAUUGGCAGGCGAUGUUGGUGCCAAAACAUUGACUGACACAGUCUUGGUUAAAGAUGCAGUAUCUAUGCACAAGGGAUUAUCAUUGUACUUCUCAUCAACCUACAGGCUUAUAUUCGUGUCUCAUCAAGAUGGCACUACUUUCAUGGGGCGCUUAGAUGCUGAUUCUUCAUCAGUUACUGAGCUAUCAUAUGUAUGCGAAGAAGAUCAAGAUGGUAAAUCCAAACCAGCUGGGCUUUACCGUUGGAGAGAGCUUAUAGCUGGCAGUGGAACUCUUACCUGUCUAUCAAAAUUUAAAUCAAAUUCUCCUCUUGCUGUGUCUUUGGGUCCUCAUGAGCUGUGUGCACAAAACAUGCGAUAUGGUACUGGUUCAAAUUCUCCAGUGGUGGGUGUUGCGGCAUAUAAGCCUUUAUCCAAAGAUAAAACACAUUGUCUUCUUUUAUAUGAUGAUGGAAGCCUUCAUAUUUACUCGCAUACACCUAGUGGAGGUGAUAGUUCAGUGAGCCUUACUGCAGAACAAACAAAGAAGUUAGGCAGCAGUAUCCUCACCAGUAGAGCUUAUGCUGGCACCAAACCAGAAUUUCCUCUUGACUUUUUUGAGAAGACAACUUGCAUCACGUCUGAUGUCAAAUUUAGUAGUGAUACAACCAAAAGUGGUGAUUCUGAAAGCAUCAAGCAGAGACUGACCUCAGAUGAUGGGUAUUUAGAGAGCCUGACAUCUGCUGGCUUCAAGGUAUCUAUUUCAAAUCUGAAUCCUGAUCUUGUAAUGGUUGGUUGUCGAAUCCAUGUGGGUAACACAUCGGCUAGCAAUAUCCCGUCUGAAAUCACAAUGUUUCACAGAGUUGUUAAGCUUGAUGAAGGCAUGCGAUCAUGGUAUGAUAUUCCAUUUACUACUGCAGAAUCACUUCUGGCUGAUGAAGAAUUCACAAUUACAGUUGGCCGAACAUUCGAUGGUUCAUCUAUGCCUAGGGUAGAUUCUAUUGAAGUUUAUGGUCGAGCUAAAGAUGAGUUUGGGUGGAAAGAGAAAAUGGAUGCUGUACUUGAUAUGGAAGCCCAUGUCAUGGGUAAUACUGCCGGUGGGAAAUCUGGAAAGAGACCCCAAACGAUGCCAACUGCUCCUAUGCAGGAGCAGAUUUUGGCAGAUGCUCUCAGGAUCCUCUCACGGAUCUAUCUGCUUUGCCAAACAAGCUGCUGCACUGACACGGUUGAUGCAGACAUGGAACUUGAUAAUCUAAAAUGCAGAGCUUUGUUGGAAACCAUAUUUCAAAGCGACAGGGAGCCUCUGCUGCAUUCUGCUGCAUGCCGUGUCCUUCAGGCUGUAUUCCCAAAGAAGGAAGUGUACUAUCAUGUUAAGGACACUAUGCGCCUUUUGGGAGUGAUAAAGUCACUUCCAGCAAUUACUUCAAGAAUAGGAGUUGGAGGAGCUGCAUCUAGCUGGGUGAUAAAAGAAUUUAUUGCCCAGAUCCAUACAGUCUCCAAAGUUGCUUUGCACAGGAAAUUAAACUUCGCAUCUUUUCUUGAGAAUCAUGGUACAGAAUUAGUUGACGGUCUAAUGCAAGUUUUCUGGGACAUUUUGGAUUUAGACAGGCCAGAUACUCAAAUGAUAAAUAAUCUUGUUAUACCUUGUGUGGAAUUUAUUUAUAGCUAUGCUGAAUGCUUGUCUCUGCAUACAAAUGAAAAGUCUGGUGUUUCAGUGGCACCUGCAGUUGCUCUAUUGAAGAAGCUACUAUUUGCUCCAUACGAGGCUGUUCAGACUUCUAGCAGUUUGGCUAUUUCAUCACGAUUUCUACAAGUUCCUUUCCCAAAGCAGACAAUGAUAGCUAAUGAUGACGGCUCUGAUAAUCAUGCAAAAGCAAGUGCUUCUGCUAUGAAUCCCGCUAGUGGAAAUGCCCAGGUUAUGAUUGAAGAAGAUCCUGCCACAUCGUCAGUGCAGUACUGUUGUGAUGGUUGUUCCACAGUUCCAAUACUUAGGCAAAGGUGGCACUGCAACAUAUGUCCAGACUUUGACUUGUGUGAAACAUGCUAUGAGAUACUUGAUGCAGAUCGUCUACCUGCACCGCAUUCAAAAGAUCAUCCUAUGUCAGCAGUAACAAUUGAACUUGAUACAUUUGGAGGUGAGGGCAGUGAUAUUCAUUUCUCUAUUGAUGAGCUAGCAGAUACCAGUGUUCCUCCUGCUGCUGAUAGAAGUGUCCAGACCUCACAGUCACCAAUUCAUGUACUGGAUGCAAGUGGAUCUGCAGAUUUCCCUGGGUCCAUGACAGACCAAAGGACGGUUUCAAUUUCUGCAUCCAAACGUGCCGUUAACUCCCUACUACUCAGUUGUCUAAUUGAAGAGCUCAGAGGCUGGAUGGGGACCACAGCUGGCACUCAAGCCAUACCUAUAAUGCAGUUGUUCUAUAGACUUUCAUCUGCAGUUGGUGGACCUUUCAUGGAUAGCUCAAAGCCAGAAUAUUUUGAUUUGGAAAAAUUUGUCAAGUGGCUCAUGGAUGAAAUCAAUAUAAGUAAACCAUUUCCUGCCAAAACACGAUGUUCUUUUGGAGAAGUAUCUAUCCUUAUUUUCAUGUUUUUCACACUCAUGUUCCGUAACUGGCAUCAGCCUGGGAGUGAUGGCUCUCAUUCGAAGUCUGGUGGAAGCUCUGAUUUGACGGAGAAAGGUCAUGUUCAGGUUCCAGUGUCAACGACAGGCCCCUCGUCCUCCAGUGAUGACAAGGAUAAAAAUGAAUUUGCUUCUCAGUUAAUUCGUGCUUGCUCUGCCCUCAGGCAACAAUCAUUUCUGAAUUAUUUAAUGGACAUACUGCAACAGCUUGUUCAUAUUUUCAAGUCAUCAUCCACAAAUGGAGAAGGUGGUUCUGGUUCAGGAUGUGGAUCCCUAUUGACAGUGCGGAGAGAGCUACCAGCUGGAAACUUCUCUCCCUUUUUUUCUGAUUCAUAUGCCAAAUCUCAUCCGACUGAUCUAUUCAUGGACUACAACAAAUUGUUGUUGGAGAAUACUUUCCGGCUAGUAUAUAGCAUGGUUCGGCCGGAGAAGGAGAAAUCGGCUGAAAAGGAUAGAAGCUACAAGGUUCCCAACGCUAAGGAUCUCAAGUUGGACGGGUACCAGGAUGUUCUCUGCAGUUAUAUUAGCAACCCACAUACUACAUUUGUUCGUAGAUACGCAAGGAGGCUAUUCCUUCAUUUGUGUGGCAGCAAGACUCACUAUUACAGUGUUAGGGAUUCGUGGCAAUAUUCCCAUGAAGUCAAGAAACUUCAUAAAAUCAUUAACAAGUCUGGAGGUUUUCGAAAUCCUGUGCCAUAUGAGAGAAGUGUUAAGCUUAUAAAAUGUUUGUCUACUCUUUGUGAUGUGGCUUCAGCAAGGCCCAGAAAUUGGCAGAAGUUCUGCUUGAAGCACAUGGAUCUUCUUCCUUUUCUGAUGGACAACAUUUAUUAUUUCAGUGAAGAGUGUAUUAUUCAGACUCUCAAGCUCCUGAAUUUGGCCUUCCACUCAGGGAAAGAUGUCAAUCAAACUGUACAAAAAACAGAAAGUGGGGAUCUUGGAGGUUCUACAAGAACUGGUUCACAAUCUUCAGAUUCAAAGAAGAAGCGGAAAGGUGAUGAUGCUUCGGAAGGCACUUCGGAGAAAUCAUGCAUGGACAUGGAUCAGGCUGUGGAAGGGUUCAAUGACAAGGAAGGGGAUGUGUUGAAGCGUUUUGUUGACACAUUCUUGCUAGAAUGGAACUCAGGAAGUGUCCGCCAUGAGGCCAAAUGUGUUUUAUUUGGACUAUGGUACCAUGCAAAGAACCUGUUUAAGGAAACAAUGUUGAAAGUUCUACUGCAGAAGGUGCAAUAUCUUCCCAUGUAUGGCCAGAACAUCAUUGAGUACACUGACCUCAUGACCUGUUUACUAGGAAAAGCAAAUGACUCUAGUGCAAAGCAGAAUGAAGCUGAACUUCUGAAUAAGUGUUUAACAUCUGAUGUAAUAAGCUGCAUUUUUGACACCCUCCAUUCGCAGAAUGAGCUGUUAGCAAACCAUCCAAAUUCCCGUAUAUACAAUACGCUGAGUUGCUUAGUGGAGUUUGAUGGCUAUUAUUUGGAGAGUGAGCCUUGUGUGACCUGUAGCUGUCCAGAUGUUCCGUAUUCAAGAAUGAAGCUUGAAAGCCUCAAGUCUGAGACCAAAUUUACUGACAACAGGAUAAUAGUAAAAUGUACUGGAAGCUUUACUAUACAGUCAGUGACCAUGAAUGUUUAUGAUGCACGUAAGUCCAAGUCAGUGAAAGUGCUGAACCUGUAUUACAACAACAGGCCUGUAACAGAUUUGUCUGAGCUGAAGAAUAAUUGGUCUUUGUGGAAACGGGCCAAAAGCUGCCAUCUUACUUUUAAUCAGACUGAAUUGAAGGUUGAAUUCCCCAUUCCAAUAACAGCAUGCAAUUUCAUGAUUGAGCUCGAUUCAUUUUAUGAAAAUCUCCAAGCUUCUUCACUCGAGUCAUUGCAGUGCCCACGGUGCAGCAGGUCUGUCACUGAUAAGCAUGGAAUCUGUAGCAACUGCCAUGAAAAUGCAUAUCAGUGCAGGCAAUGUAGAAAUAUUAACUAUGAAAACCUUGACUCUUUUCUCUGCAACGAGUGUGGAUAUAGUAAAUAUGGCCGUUUUGAAUUCCAUUUCAUGGCAAAACCAAGCUUCUCGUUUGAUAACAUGGAAAACGAUGAUGAUAUGAGAAAAGGAUUGGCAGCAAUUGAGUCAGAGUCAGAAAACGCUCAUAGGCGAUACCAGCAACUGAUGGGAUUUAAGAAGCCUCUCAUCAAACUUGUAUCCAGCAUAGGUGAACAGGAGAUAGAUUCACAACAGAAAGAUGCUGUCCAGCAGAUGAUGGUGUCCUUGCCUGGUCCCACUUGCAAGGUAAAUCGCAAGAUUGCACUUCUUGGUGUUCUGUAUGGUGAAAAAUGCAAAGCAGCUUUCGACUCAGUCAGCAAAAGUGUUCAGACGCUACAAGGACUGCGCCGUGUUCUAAUGGCAUAUCUGCACCAGAAAAGUUCUAAUGAUGCCAAUGCAUUGCCAGCCUUUUCAAUACCAAGGUCUCCAAGUAGUUGCUAUGGAUGUAGUACUACGUUUGUUACGCAAUGCCUAGAGCUAUUACAAGUGCUAUCCAAACACACAAACUGCAGGAAGCAACUUGUCAGCACUGGCAUUUUAUCUGAGUUAUUUGAAAACAACAUUCAUCAAGGCCCUAGAACUUCACGCACUCUUGCCAGGGCUGUGCUAUCUUCAUUCUCUGAAGGUGAUGCAGAUGCAGUCCAGGAACUGGACAAGUUGAUUCAGAAGAAGGUAAUGUAUUGUCUUGAGCACCAUCGCUCCAUGGAUAUUGCACAAUCAACACGAGAAGAGUUACAGCUACUUUCAGAGACAUGUGCCCUUGUAGAUGAGUUUUGGGAAGCGAGGUUACGUGUUGCCUUUCAGCUUUUGUUCUCUUCUAUUAAAGUUGGAGCAAAGCACCCUGCAAUUUCAGAGCAUAUUAUUCUUCCUUGUCUGAGAAUAAUUUCUCAGGCUUGCACACCUCCAAAAUCUGAUGCUGGGGACAAGGAGUCAGGUGCGGGAAAAUCUGGCUUGAUGUUGCAAUCGAAGAAUGAUGAUACCACAGGUCACUUGGCAACUAAUGUAUCCUCUUCCAAGGUUCAGUCUGAUAUAUCUGGAAAAAGUCCUGAUGGUAGUCGAAGAGGUCAGGAUAUGCCACUGCUGAGCUAUUCAGAAUGGGAGAGUGGUGCGUCAUAUCUGGAUUUUGUGAGGAGGCAAUACAAAGUAUCACAGGCAGUGAAAGGAGUACAGAAAGCACGUCAUGAUUCGCAGAAAUCAGAUUACCUUGUUCUGAAAUAUGGACUCAGAUGGAAGCGUCGUGCAUGUCGGAAGUCAUCUAAAAGCGAUUUCUCAAAAUUUGCCUUGGGCUCCUGGGUUUCAGACUUGAUUUUAAGUUCCUGUUCUCAGUCGAUAAGAUCUGAGAUAUGCACUCUUAUAAGCUUGCUAUGCCCGUCAAACUCUUCCAGACAGUUUCAGUUACUGAACUUGCUCAUGUCUUUACUUCCUCGGACACUGUCAGCUGGUGAGAGUGCAGCAGAGUACUUUGAGUUACUGGGGACAAUGAUUGAUUCAGAGGCUUCACGUCUGUUCUUAACUGUUCGUGGUUGCUUAGCCACACUGUGUUCCCUGAUAACAAAAGAAGUGUACAAUGUUGAAUCGCAGGAGAGAAGCCUUAGCAUUGACAUCUCACAAGGAUUCAUUCUUCAUAAACUUGUGGAGCUCCUGAAUAAAUUUCUCGAAAUUCCCAAUAUUAGAGCAAGAUUUAUGAGUGACAAGUUACUGUCUGAGGUGCUUGAGGCCUUCUUGGUUAUUCGUGGGCUAGUUGUGCAGAAGACGAAGUUAAUCAAUGACUGCAAUCGGCUUUUGAAAGACCUUCUUGAUAGUUUACUUAUAGAGAGUACUGCAAACAAACGCCAAUUUAUUCGUGCUUGCAUCUCUGGAUUGCAGAAGCAUGUGAAGGAGAAAAAGAGACGGACAUCUCUGUUUAUUUUGGAGCAACUCUGUGAUUUGAUUUGCCCAGUGAAACCAGAGCCUGUUUACCUUUUGAUUUUAAACAAGUCACAUACUCAAGAAGAGUUCAUCAGGGGUUCCAUGACAAAGAGUCCAUACUCCAGUGUGGAGAUUGGCCCACUAAUGAGAGAUGUGAAAAACAAAAUAUGUCGGCAACUUGAUUUGAUUGGACUUAUAGAGGAUGACUAUGGUAUGGAAUUACUGGUUGCUGGGAAUAUAAUUUCACUUGAUCUUAGCAUCUCCCAGGUCUAUGAGCAAGUGUGGAGAAAGCACCACGGCCAAACUCAGCAUUCUUUGUCGAGUGCCAGUACACUCUCUGCUAUGUCAUCUGUCAGAGAUUGCCCACCAAUGACGGUAACCUACAGACUACAGGGUUUAGAUGGUGAAGCAACUGAGCCCAUGAUUAAAGAGCUAGAAGAAGAAAGGGAGGAAUCACAAGAUCCUGAAAUUGAAUUUGCCAUAUCAGGUGCUGUUAGGGAAUGUGGAGGUCUGGAAAUUAUAUUAAGCAUGAUUCAGAGCCUACGUGAUGACGAGUUAAGAUCUAACCAGGAGGAGUUGGCUUCAGUUCUUAACCUUCUCAAGUAUUGUUGCAAAAUCCGUGAAAAUAGAUGUGCCUUACUACGUCUGGGUGCCCUUGGUUUGCUACUUGAGACAGCCAGGCGCGCGUUCUCAGUAGAUGCAAUGGAACCAGCCGAGGGUAUUCUAUUAAUUGUAGAAAGCCUUACAUUGGAAGCUAAUGAGAGUGACAUAAGUAUCUCGCAAAGUGUAUUUACAACUAGUGUUGAGGAGACUGGUGCGUGUGAGCAGGCCAAAAAAAUUGUUCUCAUGUUUUUGGAGAGGUUAUGUCAUCCUGUAGGCACCAAAAAAUCAAACAAGCAACAAAGGAAUGAGGAGAUGGUUGCCAGAAUCUUGCCUUACCUGACCUAUGGAGAGCCAGCAGCUAUGGAAGUUCUGGUCGAACAUUUUGAGCCCUACCUUAGGGACUGGAGUGAGUUUGACCGGUUGCAGAAGCAGCAUGAAGAGAAUAAAAAAGAUGACAAUUUAAGCCAAAAGGCAUCAAUGCAGAGAUCUGCUGUUGAAAACUUUGUUCGAGUGUCGGAAUCACUCAAGACGAGUUCAUGUGGUGAGAGGCUGAAGGAGAUCAUUCUAGAGAAGGGCAUUACAAAAGCUGCUUUAGGGCAUCUGAAGGAAAGAUUUGCUUCUGCAGGGCUGGCUAGCUCUAGAACUAGUGCAGAAUGGGCAGCUGGAUUAAAGCUGCCAUCUAUUCCAUUCAUCCUAUCAAUGCUGAAAGGGCUUGCAAAGGGUCAUUUGCCUACACAGAAGUGUGUCGAUGAAGAAGGCAUUUUACCACUUCUCCAUGCUUUAGAAGGGGUGCCUGGUGAAAACGAAAUUGGUGCACGAGCAGAAAAUCUUUUGGACACCCUAGCGAACAAAGAAAAUAAUGGCGAUGGCUUCCUGUGGGGGAAGAUUCAAGAACUGCGGCAUGCUACGAGGGAUGAGAUGCGACGCCGUGCUCUCCAGAAAAGAGAAAUACUACUUAAGGGGCUAGGAAUGCGGCAAGAAUUUGGUUCGGAUGGAGGUAGACGUAUCGUUGUCUCUCAGCCUAUAAUCGAAGGUUUUGAUGAUGUGGAAGAAGAGGAAGAAGGGCUGGCCUGUAUGGUCUGUAGAGAAGGGUAUACUUUAAGACCAACAGACAUGUUAGGAGUCUAUGCUUUCAGUAAACGGGUGAACCUGGGUGCAACAAGUUCUGGCAGUGGCCGUGGGGAUUGUGUAUUCACUACUGUUAGCCACUUCAACAUCAUACACUACCAAUGUCAUCAGGAAGCCAAACGAGCUGAUGCUGCACUGAAGACUCCUAAAAAGGAAUGGGAUGGGGCUACCCUGAGAAACAACGAGACAUUGUGUAAUUGUAUCUUUCCGCUGAGGGGGCCAUCUGUUCCACAUGGGCAGUACAACCGAUGUGUCGAUCAGUAUUGGGACCAACUGAAUUCUCAAGGACGGGCAGAUGGAAGUCGUCUCCGGUUGUUGACAUACGACAUUGUUCUGAUGCUGGCCAGGUUUGCCACAGGCGCUUCUUUCAGCACCGACUGCAAGGGUGGGGGGAAGGAGAGCAAUUCACUGUUUCUUCCUUUCAUGAUCCAGAUGGCUUCUCAUCUUGUAGAUGGAAGUGCCAACCAGCAACGCCAUUCGAUGGCCAAGGCCAUCUCUACUUACCUGUCCAGUUCUCUCUCAACUUCAGAAUCUCCCAGUCGGGUUUCAGCUUCUCCCCCUGGAGCUCGGGGUAGUCCAGGGUCUCCGGAGGAAACUGUGCAGUUUAUGAUGGUCAACUCUCUGCUGUCUGAGUCUUACGAGAGCUGGACACAGCACCGCCCCGCUUUCCUGCAGAGGGGCAUCUACCAUGCUUACAUGCAACACAAGCAUGGGCGAUCCGCCCUCAAGCUUUCCGCCGAGUCGACUUCCUCCGCGGCCCGGUCAGACGAAGGUUCGUCCGCUGAUCCAAACGACGACGGCAAGAGGCUCUUUGCCAUUGUCCAGUCGAUGCUGGUGUACACUGGGUUGGUCGAGCAGCUGCAGCAAUUCUUCAAGAAGGGCAAAUCAUCUGGGACUAGCAAGUCAAGCCAGAAAGACGAAGCAAGCAGCAAGUGGGAAUCCACGAUGAAAGAAAGGCUGAGCAACAUGAAGGAGAUGGUGGGACUAUCAAAGGACCUGCUCUCAUGGCUCGACGACAUGACCUCGUCUGAAGAUUUGCAGGAGGCCUUCGACGUCAUGGGGGCGCUGCCAGACGUGUUCUCCAGCGGGUACACGAAAUGUGAUGAUUUUGUCCGGGCUGCCAUACAGGCUGGGAGGAGCUGAGCGGCCAGAACUCCACUCCACUGUUUGUGUUGAUAUAAGGCACGACCCUUUUUGUUUUGUAUGAUGAGAUAGGCAGCUUAUGUGUGUAAACAGUCUAGCACUUGGAGAUCAGCUGGUUGAACUUGUAUAAUAUUAUGUCGUGGCAUUGCCGGCCUUCAUUCUCAA